UGCGUCCAAGUGUCCAUUGAAUGUCCGAUAGUGUCCAAGGCUCCGACCUCCGAGCAAGCAAGUGGGACCGACCGACCGUUGGAGGAGGCUCAAGGCUGUCCAAGGCUCCAAGCAAGACUCUUUAUUGUGGAUCCAAAUCGGGACUGCGAUGAAUCUGUUGGAUUGUGGAGCUCAAGAGUAUCCAAGGAGGAGUUGCUCCCCGAUUCUACUAAUGAAUGA